AUGAGCGCCAGCGGCCCGGCGGCUCCCGCGGACGGGCCCGCGCCGCCGCCGCCGCCCGGCCCGGGGCCCGCGCCCGCCGCGCCCGCCGCCGCAGCUCGGGACGCCAUGGACGGGCGCGCCGACCUCCCCGCGUUCCCCCGGGCCGGGGCCCCGCCGCUCGCGGCCGGCGACACGGCGCCCGCGGCGCCCGAGGGUGCGGGCGCGGCCCGGCCCGCCGCGCCCCCGCGCCCCACCUCCUUCUCGGUGCUGGACAUCCUGGACCCCAAUAAGUUCAACAGCAGAAGGCGCCGCUGCGUGCUGCCGGGCCCCGCGGGCCCCGCCGCGUGCGCCCCGUGCGCCCCGGGACGCCCGCCGCGCGCGGAGGAGCCGGAGCGCCGCAGCCUCGCCGCCGCGGGAGCCGAGCCGCAGAGUACCGCCGACCCCUACAAGGCCGACGAGGCCGAAGCCAAUGGCUACAGCAGCGGCGGCGGCCACAGCCCGAGCGCGGACAGCGGGGACGACGCGCCCGAGGAGGAGGACGAGGCGCCGGCGCGGGGCGCGGAGGCGGCGGCCGGCGGAGACGGCGGCCCCGGCGCCCGCGGGUCGGGCUGCGCCGGGACGGCGGAGGCGGAGGCGGCCCCGGCCGGCGAGGGGGCCGCGGGCGCGCGGGGCGGCCCCGGGACGGCGGCGGGGGGCGCGGCGGGCGCGCCGGCCAAGCCCAAGCGCAAGCGCGCGGGCUCCGACUCCAAGUCCGGGAAGCCGCGGCGCGCGCGCACCGCCUUCACCUAUGAGCAGCUCGUGGCGCUGGAGAACAAGUUCAAGGCCACGCGCUACCUGUCGGUGUGCGAGCGCCUCAACCUGGCGCUGUCGCUCAGCCUCACCGAGACGCAGGUGAAGAUCUGGUUCCAGAACCGCCGCACCAAGUGGAAGAAGCAGAACCCGGGCGCGGACACCAGCGCGCCCGCGGGCGGCGGCGGCGCGGGGCCCGGCCCGGGCCCGGGCGCGGGGCUGGCGGGCGGCCUGAGCCCGCUGAGCCCCUCGCCGCCCGUGGGCGCGCCGCUCGCCGUGCACGGCCCCGCGGGGUACCCGGCGCACGGCCCCGGCGGGCUCGUGUGCGCCGCGCAGCUGCCCUUCCUGCCCGGCCCCGCCGUGCUGUCGCCCUUCGUGCUGGGCUCGCAGCCCUACGGCGCGCCCGCCUUCUACGCCCCGCACCUCUGA